CCAAUUUCUGGGGUAUACACCUACAUAUAUGAAGGGGAAUCUCACCACGAUCAAUCUCUAUUCAUCCCAUCAGUACGGUUCCGCAUCUAUCUGAGUGGGGUCCGAUCUGGAGCUGCGAUCAAUUUUUUCUCGUUCACUUGCCUUUUAGUCUUAGUCUCCUUUCGAGUCAUCGAGCGACCACAAGUAUUUCAACUCAUCGGACCUCGCGGACGUCCAUCAGUACAUUAUUGACAGUAUAAUCAUCCCGCCAUCAUGGGCAUUCUCGCCUUUGUCGAAGAUAGGCCUACGCCGAAAGCAGUCUACAACUGGCGUGUAUACGCCUGCGCCUGUGUAGCAUCAUGGGCCGCAUGUAUGAUCGGAUACGACUCGGCCUUUAUCGGCACCACACUUGCUCUCCCAUCUUUCGUCGACGAGUUCGGUCUGAGUCCUGCUGAAAUGGACCCUGCCAAACUUGCGCUUACCAAAGCCAACAUCGUUUCGGUGUACCAGGCGGGAGCCUUCUUCGGAUCGUUCGGCGCCUAUGUUUCCAGUUACUACUGGGGUCGAAGGACCAGUCUGUUGAUCUGGAUCAUGGUUUUCAUCGUUGGUGCGGGCAUGAUGUUGGGCGCGAACGCAGAGAGAGGGCUCGGUCUCAUCAUUGGAGGCCGAGUACUUGCAGGACUGGGUGUAGGUGCCGCCAGUAACAUGGUUCCCAUCUACAUCUCUGAACUAGCUCCUCCUGCGAUCCGUGGCCGUCUCGUGGGCAUCUACGAGCUAGGCUGGCAGAUUGGUGGUCUUGUGGGAUUUUGGAUAAACUAUGGGUUGACUGAGACCAUGGCACCAUCACACAGCCAGUGGCUUAUCCCAUUCGCUGUUCAACUCAUUCCAGCCGGUUGUCUUCUCCUUGGAGCAAUCUGGAUGAAGGAAUCUCCCCGAUGGCUCUUCCAGAAGGGCAUGCGCGAAAAGGCUAUGGCUAACCUUUGCUGGAUCCGCAAACUCGAGCCUACCGAUAUCUACAUUGUUGAAGAAGUUGCAGCUAUCGAUGCUCAAAUUGAAUGGGACCGUGUCCACGUGGGUGUUGGCUUCUGGAAGCCGUUUGCUGCGCUCAAGGAGAGGAAGACUCAGUAUCGCUUCUUCAUUGGAGGCAUGCUUUUCCUCUGGCAAAAUGGUUCAGGUAUCAACGCGAUCAACUACUACUCGCCCACCGUCUUCAAAUCCAUCGGUAUCACUGGCACUAGCACCGGCUUCCUCACCACUGGCAUCUUUGGUGUCGUCAAAACGGUACUGACUGUGAUCUGGCUUCUCUGGCUUAUCGAUCACCUCGGCCGCACCAAACUGCUCUUGAUUGGCGCUACAGGUGGAUCUCUCUGCAUGUGGUUCAUCGGUGCCUACAUCAAGCUGGCCGGCGCAGGGUCAGGCCCUGCCAGCGCGAAUACGAAGCUCUCAUCCGGUGGAAUCGCCGCUGUGUUCUUCUUCUACCUGUGGACUGCUUUCUACACACCAUCAUGGAACGGCACACCAUGGGUCAUCAACUCGGAAAUGUACAGUCAAAACACCCGAUCUCUCGGUCAAGCUUCCGCAGCAGCCAACAACUGGUUCUGGAACUUCAUCAUUUCGAGAUUCACUCCUCAGAUGUUCAACACCAUGGAAUAUGGUGUCUACUUCUUCUUUGCAUCGCUUAUGGUGUUGUCCAUUCCGUUCAUUUACUUCUUGGUGCCCGAAACCAAGGGUAUCCCGCUCGAGCACAUGGAUGAGCUUUUCUCUUACAAGAAUGUGCGCAAGGCCCACGGAGAGAUGCUUAUCAAGUUGAGGCAGGAUGAAGAGGAGUUCCGCCACGACGCCGAGGGAGCGGGGUUAACGAUUGAGAAGACUAAGGAGGAGAGACGCGAGGAUGUGUAAAAGUGUUUGCGAAUAUUGUUCCGAAUUGUUGGAAGUAGCUCGAGUAUAUUGUCUUCAGUACCAAAGGUAGAUCAAAGAAUACAUUGAUUUCAUUGAAAUGUCGGGGUUGGCCAUUCUCAAUAAGAUCAAUCUGUCUCCACCUAUACUUUAGUAAUAGGGAGACAUUAUUUCCCCAUAUCACUGUGAAGUUGCAGUGCUAAUGGAGGGAACAUCGCAGAAGUAUUACACAACUAAACGUUCAGAGUCACUGCAUGGACUUGCCGUUCUUCGACUAGAGUCAGGUAAGGAUAUAUGGUUGAAAUUCUGCUGAGGCCUGAUUCCGAGCGCAAGAGCGGAUAUUUCUCAAUGCACGGAUAUCCUACGAUGUCAACUUGUCUUCAAACAGGAGCUGUUCGGAUAAAUUGAUUCGAGCCAGAAACAUAAUCACAGGACGAGCAGAGCCUAGCUGUGUCUGAUGUGCCUGCUCGUCAUUCACAAUUCAAAGACCUUUCAAAUCGUGGAUGAAAUUAUACCCACUGAGCGCUUCCUGCAGUUUGAAGCCCGCAAUGUAAGCGCGAAGAUCAUUUUCAACAUAGACCCUCAUGACCAAGGCCAAAAUUCCAUGAGAUUUUGUACCAAC